AUGCAACCAGAGUGCUACAGGUCUACAAUCACUGCCUCAGAGAACCACUCGCGCUACAACCAACCCACUGCCCAGCAUGGAAACUUCUCUCAUCCGGAAUGUUCUGCCAGCCGCCUCUCAGGUCGAGAUGACGGCAGCAGUGGCUAUACCACUAGCUCAGUGGUGUUGCCGCCUUGUACCUCCGACUCGCGACUUGAUGGUGAUGCAGCAGACACUGGAUUAGAGGCGCAACUCCCCGCAAAACCUGUAUCCUCUCCUUGUCACUCAAGCGAUGAUGGCGCCCUCGCGAUGCACCGGAAGUUGAGCGAAGAUCUCAGCCCGCAGGUCAUCUCCAUCGAGAGCUUUCCCAAUGCCUUCUCCCGGUACUUCCCCGGGCCUGCGCUUACCGAGAAGAAUGAAGGCCGGCAAAGAGGCGAUGAUUGGGAGCAUAAUCUCCUGAAAAGGCGCGCAUUUUGCAGGCUUACAGCCCUGAGCUCCUGGAGAAAUGAAUACAUCCUACGGACCAGGCUAUUACAUUCAAUAGCUCGUGGGAAGCCUACCAGCUACCAAAUCACGGAUCAGCGCAAGUCGACGCGUGCUGGCUCUACGCCCGCUGCCCACGCCGUUGUGACAUACAACUCCUUGCUCCAGUUCCCUAUCUCCCACAUAGAUGGUACGUUUGGAUCCGGCAUAGAGAGCAAACCACCUGCGUUUGUCCAUGGAGCAAGCGAGGAAGGGAUCGCUACCCAGAGUGAUCCGACUUCAAAGAAAAGUGGUGCCGGAAAAUGGGGCCUUUUAUCCGAAAGUCGAAUGUUCAAUCACUUUUCAGAUAGCUACCCAGGUGAAGCCCCUUGGGGUUUGGGAGCAGGAAAUCUCGUUGGAAAUCCCAAUGUGAUGGAUGUGAGCCAACCUCAUGGUAUGGUAUAUGGAGAGGGAUGCCCGCAGGGCCGUACUUAUUUUCUCUCUACAAGUGAGAAAAGAGGACGGUUUUUUCCACGUUCAGUCCUGGAUCCUCAUUACGAACUUGGAAUUCCGUCAGUCAAUGCCGCACACUUUGGGAUAUGCGCGACUUGGAUUGCCAAAUCGUCUGAAACCUUGAAGUCAACAAAUGGGCUAUGCGGGAUGAUUACUGGCACUUCGUCAGGCAUCCUCACAUCCUAUGCGCUUGGCCCGCAUCCUUCCUAUGAUCAACGAUUUGAACGGGGCCAGAUGACAGCUAGGUGGGCAUUAUGCCCGGGAGUGCCCAUUAUUGCCAUCAGAGUUGACGACAAGCUAUCAGCAAAACGACUGUCGCAGCGUAGAAUAUGGAUAACUGUCCUAAACGCCCUUGGAGAGCUUUUCUACCUCACCAGUAUUCCACGUGGUCUUGAUACCUACCAGAGAUUGGAGCCGGAGGCGCUGGAGAAGGCAGCAUGGCUCACUGGCCGCACUGUAUCCUGGGAGAUUGUUGAAAGCAGUCGACGCGUCCCUGUGCCUGAUCCCUUCAACAAACUCUCCACAAAUGCAACCUAUAGCCCUCGAUCAUCAUCAGAUGAGAUGAAUUUAAACCGUGAUCAAAUAGUGGCUGAAACAAAAGAUAUUGAAAGAUUCCUUGCUUUCAAACCUAUACAUUUCCGAACGAUAUAUGAAGGAUGGGACAUGAGGCGCAAACUCGAAGUAGAUUUUGCUGGUGAUGAUGGAAAAGGUGCUGGUGAAUCUCUCAUGGUCGUUUGCUGUUCUGCCGAUGAUGAUCGGGUUGCAUCUGUCAAGAGAUUUACACGUGUCAGGACUGGUGAAAACCCAUCCCUAGACAAUAUAGGAAGUACUUCUCCAGCAUCAGAACCUGAAGCCGAAGCCAAAUCAUCUCUCUUUGGCCAAGGAGAAUCUAGAGAGGUUCUGUCCUCCGGAAACCGGGCGUCGUCACCAAUGCGUAAUGGCUUUAACUCUUUGCCAGUUACUGUCGAAUGGCGGGUGUCAAAUCUGACUUUUGAAGGCCCAAAAUCUGCUGAAAUCACUGCUUGUGCCUUAGAUAUGUCUACCUUUGCCCGUCUGACAAAGUUUGAAGACCCCUUGCUCGGGAUGUGUGGUAAUUCAGAGGUGUCCUCCCUAUGCUCCACUCCCUUUUCAGUCUUGAGCAAUCCGCUGGUUUCCUCUGCGGAGAUUCCCGGUCAGCGAGGCAGAUACAUGGCUGUUGGUACCUCACUAGGUUCCGUUUUCGUCUGGGACAUCAGGGCCGCCAUACCUGGGAAUUCUCAUAUGGUGAAUAAUAUCAUGCCUAUCCGCAUCAUUCAUACAGAUUCGCCCGAAAUAUCUAGCCUUGCAUUGACGGCUCUCUAUCUCGUUCAUGGAGGCAACGAUGGCUUAGUUCAAGCCUGGGAUCAUCUUGCCUCAUCCACCCAACCAAUCCGCACGCUUAAUUCCAGGUUCUCUUCUCGCGCCCGUCGGCGGCUUGUACAGGCUACUACAGCGAACCAGAACGUUGGCCAUAAUUUCUUUGCUGCCGGAGCCAUCUGCCUUGACCAGGACCCUACUCGGCUUAGAGGGAUUGUCGCCCUUGGAACGCAGCUUCGUUAUUGGGCCUACAGCUCCUCUGCUGCUGAUCAAUACAAGAGUAAUAAACGACGAGUUCGCUACUCCCACCGCGGCAGCAACAGUUCACCAGAAACUCAGCGUUUUAGUAACUCUGGCCGAGGAGCGUUGAUGGACUACAUUAUGAAUGAGAAAGCUGAACUUGAAAGGCAAAAUAUUGCAAAAGAGAAAGAGCUCGCUCACUUGAGCGGACGAUUCGGUACAGACCUACUUGGUAGUGAUGCUAGUGAUGAAGACCUCUUGGCCUACGCCUGUCUCUUGAGUGAGGAAUCAUACACGAGCGAUGAACGGAACAGAAGAGGGAGCGAGAGCAGCUCUAGUGGCAGUUCCUCUAGCGAGACAAUUGCAUCGGACGAGACAUUCAGUGCCAAUCCACUUACUCGACAAAUAUCAACACCUACUCUGGAUACGGUCGACGAAGAAUUGGAGCCUGGUUUAGCUGAGGCAAUCCGUCGAAGUUUACAGGAUACCGAUGCUUCUCAGUCUUCUAAAGAAGGCAGUGUACUCACAGAAGAAGUUAUCCCUGACGUUUGUUCCUAUUCCUUCUCCCCUAGCCUCUCUGGGACUUCCUCGCAGGACAACGUUGAUGACCUCGAUCUUGCUAUCCAGCUUAGUUUGGCUGAGCAGGAAGGUCAGAAAGCGCCCCAAGAGGAAUUUCCCGCUCUCGGAAGUACAUCCAAUACCCCGUCCAAGCGGAGAGGUAGAGGAAAGAGGGGAUUCUGA